AUGGAGGCAUCACCUUUCUCUUGUCCAACACCUCCCGACAAUGGGAUUUAUAAUCCUUGCGUCGUAAGAGAAAUGGUCAUUUAUCCAGCAUGUCUUCUACUCUAUAUUAUAUUAUUUGGCGGUUAUCGAUAUUUUUAUAUCAAUCGAAACCCAUCCGGUUAUUCCUCUCUAAAUAAUAAUAGGCUUUUACGAAGACGUCUUUCUCCUUUAAUUAGAGCUAUAUAUUGUUUUAGUGACAUUGUAAUUUUAUCAUAUCUUGCGGAUUGUGUGGUGGUUAUGAUUAGAGCUCUUGAAUCAAAAACAUGGACUUCAACUGUGAUAGUUUUUUAUGAUGUUAUUUGUUUGAUUGCCUGGAUUAUGAAUUUGAGUUUAAUGGCAUUAGAAAGGCAAAAUUUGGGAAAAUGGUCUUGGGUAAAUUAUCUAUUCUACUGGGUUUCUUUAAUCGGAGAGGCUCUAAUCUUUUAUCUAUGGUUCUCCGAAUUCAAUGCUGAAUCUGCUCAUUUUGCUUCAAAUUAUGACCUCGCCUUUUUCUGUAUAUUUGUUAUUCGUUAUGUUGCUUUAUUCAUUUCUAGUAUGGUAUCAUUGGUUCGUGCUUUUCAAAUUACUUUGGACCAGGAAGAUGCUGAUAAUGAUCAAAGUAUUCUUGAGAAUUCCUCUUCUUAUGGCACCUUUUCUUCAGCCGAAGCUUCUCAACCUACACAAUCUACACAACCUAGUCAUCCAAAAAAGGGCGCAUUUGCUGAUUUCUAUAGCAAAAUGCUACGCCUUCUUCCUUUCUUAUGGCCAAAUAAAAAACCUUUUCUCCAGUUUUUAGUUUAUAUAUGCUUUGGUCUUUUAAUCGCUGGACGUGUGGUCAAUGUACUUGUUCCUAAACAACUUAAAGUUAUUACUGAUGAAUUAACUGGGGAUAGUGGGAAUGCUGCAACAUUCCCAUGGGUGGCAAUCUUGUUAUACGCAUUUCUGAGGUUUUUGCAAAGUGGUGUUGGUUUAAUUCAAGCUACUCAAAAUUAUUUAUGGAUUCCUAUCGGACAAUAUACAACUCGUGAGAUUUCUGUCCAGAUGUUUGAACAUUUGCAUGGCCUUUCUUUGUCUUAUCAUAUCAAUCGUAAAACGGGUGAAGUACUGCGUGUUAUGGACCGUGGAACAAACAGUAUUAUUUCAUUAUUGAAUCAAAUAUUGUUCCAGAUAUUUCCUGUAAUUGUGGACAUCUUUGUUGCUGUUAUAUUCUUUGUUAUCGAAUUCGGUUGGCUGUUUGGUUUAAUAGUAUUUAUUACUAUGUCGUUAUAUAUUUUCGCGACUGUAUGGAUUACUGAAUGGCGAACUAAAUUCAGACGUGAAAUGAUUGAAUUAGAUAAUGAUUCUCGAUCUAAAGCUGUCGACUCGCUUUUAAAUUUCGAAACUGUUAAAUACUAUAAUGCUGAACGAUUUGAAGUUCAACGUUAUGAUGAUUCCAUCAGAAAAUAUCAAGUUGCUGAUUAUAAAGUCGCCUCUUCACUUAACAUUCUUAAUAUUAGUCAAAACCUUGUUAUUACUGCGGGUUUGUUGGCUGGUUGUUUGUUAUGCUCUUAUAAAGUCACUCAACAUAUUUUCACUGUUGGUGACUUCAUCCUAAUGAUUCAACAAAAUUUCAUUGAUAUGGAAAAAAUGUUAGACUUGUUCAAAGAACAACAAAGUAUUAGUGAUGUACCCGGUGCUACCGAGUUAAAAGUCACUGAAGGAUCUGUUUCAUUCGAAAAUGUUGGAUUUUCUUAUGAUCCAAGACAUCCUGCAUUAAAAAAUAUUUCAUUCACAAUUCCUAAAGGAAAAACUGUAGCCUUAGUGGGGCCUAGUGGUGGCGGUAAAUCGACCAUUCUUCGACUUUUAUUCCGUUUUUAUGAUGUUGAAACCGGUCGUAUUCUUAUUGAUGGUCAAGACAUUCGACUUGUUAAACAAGAAAGCUUGAGAAAAAAUAUUGGCGUUGUACCUCAAGAUACUGUCUUAUUUAAUGAUACUAUUUUAUACAAUAUUCAUUACGGAAAUAUUAAUGCUCCGGUAGAUGACGUCUACAAAGCUGCAAAAGCUGCCCAAAUCCAUGAUCGUAUAUUAACAUUCCCAGAUGGCUAUCAGACACGUGUUGGAGAGCGUGGUUUGCGUCUAAGUGGUGGUGAAAAACAACGUGUUGCGAUUGCAAGGACAAUAUUGAAGGAUCCAGCGAUUAUUCUACUUGACGAGGCUACCUCUGCCCUUGACACGACCACAGAAAGACAGAUCCAGCAUGCACUCUCCAAUAUAACUAAAGAUCGUACAACAUUGGUCAUUGCGCAUCGUCUGAGUACUAUUAUUAAUGCUGACUUGAUUCUUUGUAUCAAAGAUGGGCAAGUAUUUGAACAGGGUACUCAUGAUGAACUUAUCAAAAAUACCGAAGGUUUAUAUUAUGAAAUGUGGCAAAAACAAUUACGCGACGAAACCGAAAGCAAAACUGAAGUUACUGAUGAAAUCGAAGUAUCAAGUACUAAUACAUCUCAAAAUGGAAUAAAUAACAAUGGUGUAAACUCUUCACAUGUUCACGGACAUAAUUUUACAGAAUAUUUUUCUUUUUUACUCGAAAAAUUUAAAAUCGUUGAUGCUACUG